AUGCGCUUCACCUUGUCUACUCUGUUCGCUCUCGCGACAACCGUCCUUGUCCGCGCCGCACAUACUGAACAGAUCGUCAUGAGCUCUCCCGAAGGACCUAACCUAUUUGAUCUCCUGACCAUCGAGCCGUCUGUGUCCAUAUUCUUCUCCUAUGCUCGGGAAACGGAGAUUAGCAAGCUGUUGGUGGAUCGGCCGAAGAACACAUUACUGGUCCCGACAAACCGUGCUGUUAUGGCGCUGGCCAGGAAACCUCAUCAAGACGCCUCCCCUGUGGACGACGGCCUAGAAAUGACCGAGCAGGAGCUUGAUGAGCGGUCAAAGGGCAAUGUCCUUCGCUGGGUGUCCAUGCAUAUCAUACCCAUCCCUGAUCUCGAGCUUGCAGAUCGCGAAUACCCGACGCUUGCGGAUGAUAAGAGUGUCACCUUCAGACUAGUUGAUGCAGACGAAAAGAAGCCGGACUGGGCUCGCUUAGCCGUCGACGGGGAGAUACAUUUGCUGCAAAAGAAAGAGGCAAGCAAUGGUGUAUUCUAUAUCGUGGAUGGAACAGUCAAGGAUGAGUGA